AUGUACCUAUUUCUGACCAGGAAGGUCGUAGGCUACAUAUUCAGUCAAGCUAACAGAAAUUUGGUAGAUCUGGUCGAGAUCUAUAGGUGGGUUACUAGCAAAAAGGCUGCUACUCAGACAUCCUAUUUUCAGGAGUUUCAACAAGGCUACGCUAGUGGCGGAGAUGACAAUACUAUCUUCAACGAUCGUCGCGAUCUGAAGCUUGUUCUAGAUGUUGCAGAUAUCAUUGACGAACUCAAGAUGAUUGAACAUCUCUUCAGCAUUCAGAAAGAGAUUAUUGAGUCUUCGGUCAAGGCUUUGGGUAUGGACUACUUAGUCUCGCUCAACCUAAUGAAAGAGACAGUCGAUCCUUUGAUUCAUCAGAUCACCAGCAUCAGCAAAGAUGCGGAGCACACUCGCAAAAUGCUGCUCAACCUACUGGAUCUCAAAUCUAAUGCAGCAAGCCUCGCGGAGGCUCGAUCAAGCGCAAAAGAAGCGCAGGCAGCGACUACUCAAGGUCGUGCUGUGAUGCUGUUUACAAUCAUCACCGUAGUUUUCCUGCCCCUUUCAUUCUUCACGUCGUACUUCGGCCAGAAUGUCAAAGAGCUCAGUGGCGAUGAGAACAACCCUACUUCUUGGGACCUGUGGCGCGUCGCGACCCCUAUCACUGUCGUGGUCAUCGUAGUGGCUUUGCUCGUUGCAUUCUACAUUACUCGACCAAAGAGCCCAUUGUGGUUUUGGCAAGCCGCGCCUAAACAAGGCGCUGCUGUUGAGCAGGAAACCAUGGCUACAGGCACGAAGCGCGUUAAGUGGUGGCAGAGGAGACCAUCGUUCACCUUUCUGAAUUCGAAACGUGAAAAAGGGAAAAAUGGUGACCCAGAAUUGACAGUUGUCUAG